AACCUGAGCUGCCCGGCCUAAGCCGUGCUAAAUUCGUUGCCCGUGGCCGCUGCGGGUGCAACCACAGAGGCUAAUCCGAAGGAGUGGGGAGGCUCGUGGAGUCGAUGCUUCCUCUUCCAAUUCAGGUCGGCUCCCGCUACCUCGUCACCAUUCGCCGCUGCCGUCUCCCCGAGCGUUUGCAUGAGCUCUUUCGCGUGGGGGAGCUCCGGUGACCAUGUAGGGGGGACGAGUGAGGAAGCUCCAGGUGCCCGGGACGAGGUCAGCGCUGUCGGCACGCCCCCGCGGUGCCGAGCACACCCCCCGGUGCGGGCCGGCGGGCGGGUCGGCCCCGGUGGGAACCCCGGCCUCCGCCUGGGGCCUGGCCCGGAGCGCCACGAAAUCUCGCGCCGUCUCGCGAGACGCUAAGUUGAAGGAACAUGGCGACGUCUAAUCUGUUAAAGAAUAAAGGUUCACUUCAGUUUGAAGACAAAUGGGAUUUCAUGCGUCCAAUUGUUUUGAAGCUUUUACGCCAGGAAUCUGUUACAAAACAGCAGUGGUUUGAUCUGUUUUCGGAUGUGCAUGCAGUCUGUCUCUGGGAUGAUAAAGGUCCAGCAAAAAUUCAUCAGGCUUUAAAAGAAGAUAUUCUUGAGUUUAUCAAGCAAGCACAGGCACGAGUACUGAGCCAUCAAGAUGAUACAGCUUUGCUAAAAGCAUACAUUGUUGAAUGGCGAAAAUUCUUUACACAGUGUGAUAUUUUACCGAAGCCUUUUUGUCAGCUGGAGAUUACUUUAAUGGGUAAACAGGGCAGCAAUAAAAAAUCAACCGUAGAAGACAGUAUUGUUCGAAAACUCAUGCUUGAUACAUGGAAUGAGUCAAUCUUUUCAAAUAUAAAAAACAGACUCCAGGAUAGUGCAAUGAAGCUGGUACAUGCUGAAAGAUUAGGAGAAGCUUUUGAUUCUCAGCUGGUCAUUGGAGUAAGAGAAUCCUAUGUUAACCUUUGUUCUAAUCCUGAGGAUAAGCUUCAAAUUUAUAGGGAUAAUUUUGAGAAGGCAUACUUGGACUCCACAGAGAGAUUUUAUAGAACACAGGCACCCUCGUAUUUACAACAAAAUGGUGUACAGAAUUAUAUGAAAUAUGCAGACGCUAAAUUGAAAGAAGAAGAAAAACGAGCACUACGUUAUUUAGAAACAAGGCGGGAAUGCAACUCUGUUGAAGCACUCAUGGAAUGCUGUGUAAAUGCCCUGGUGACAUCUUUUAAAGAGACUAUCUUAGCCGAGUGCCAAGGCAUGAUCAAGCGAAAUGAAACUGAAAAACUACAUUUAAUGUUUUCAUUGAUGGACAAGGUUCCCAAUGGGAUAGAGCCAAUGCUGAAAGACUUGGAGGAACAUAUCAUUAGCGCUGGCCUGGCAGAUAUGGUAGCAGCUGCUGAAACCAUUACUACUGACUCUGAGAAAUACGUUGAGCAGUUACUUACAUUAUUUAAUAGAUUUAGUAAACUCGUCAAAGAAGCUUUUCAAGAUGAUCCACGAUUUCUUACUGCAAGAGAUAAGGCAUAUAAAGCAGUUGUUAAUGAUGCUACCAUAUUUAAACUUGAAUUACCUUUGAAGCAGAAAGGGGUGGGAUUAAAAACUCAGCCUGAAUCAAAAUGCCCUGAGCUGCUUGCCAAUUACUGUGACAUGUUGUUAAGAAAAACACCAUUAAGCAAAAAACUAACCUCUGAAGAGAUUGAAGCAAAGCUUAAAGAAGUGCUGUUGGUACUUAAAUACGUACAAAAUAAAGACGUUUUUAUGAGAUAUCACAAAGCUCAUUUGACGCGACGUCUUAUAUUAGACAUCUCUGCUGAUAGUGAAAUUGAAGAGAAUAUGGUAGAGUGGCUAAGAGAAGUUGGUAUGCCCGCAGAUUAUGUAAAUAAGCUUGCUAGAAUGUUUCAGGACAUAAAAGUGUCUGAAGAUUUGAACCAAGCUUUUAAGGAAAUGCACAAAAAUAACAAAUUGGCUUUACCAGCUGAUUCGGUUAAUAUAAAAAUUCUGAAUGCUGGAGCAUGGUCAAGAAGCUCUGAGAAAGUCUUUGUCUCCCUUCCUACUGAACUGGAGGAUUUGAUACCUGAAGUAGAAGAAUUCUACAAAAAAAAUCAUAGUGGUAGAAAAUUACAUUGGCAUCAUCUCAUGUCAAAUGGAAUUAUAACAUUUAAGAAUGAAGUAGGGCAAUAUGAUUUGGAGGUAACAACAUUUCAGCUGGCUGUGUUGUUUGCAUGGAACCAAAGACCCAGAGAGAAAAUCAGCUUUGAAAAUCUAAAACUUGCAACUGAACUGCCUGACGCUGAGCUUAGAAGGACUUUAUGGUCUUUAGUAGCUUUCCCAAAGCUCAAGCGGCAGGUUUUAUUGUAUGAACCUCAAGUCAACUCACCCAAAGACUUCACAGAAGGCACCCUCUUCUCGGUGAACCAGGAGUUCAGUUUAAUAAAAAAUGCAAAAGUUCAGAAAAGAGGUAAAAUCAACUUGAUUGGACGCUUGCAGCUCACUACAGAAAGGAUGCGAGAAGAGGAGAAUGAAGGGAUAGUUCAGCUACGAAUACUAAGAACCCAGGAAGCCAUCAUACAAAUAAUGAAGAUGAGAAAGAAAAUUAGCAAUGCUCAGCUGCAGACUGAACUAGUAGAAAUUUUGAAAAACAUGUUUUUGCCACAAAAGAAAAUGAUAAAAGAGCAAAUAGAAUGGCUAAUAGAGCACAAAUACAUCAGAAGAGAUGAAUCCGAUAUCAACACUUUCAUAUAUAUGGCAUAAGUUUGAAUAUCAUGGACAACAUUAGAACCCAAAUUUCAGAGUGCGUGGGCAGAAAGUUGUAACAGUUUGUGCUGGAGGAAGGUUUAUUUGGACUUUGAUUACAUAACUAUUAAAAUCUCUGCCUUACCUGACAAAACAACUAUAUUUUGCCAGUCACGUUAGUUAGCAUGACGGCAUCCCUUCAUGUUGCACACUCGGUAACAGCAUGCUGUUUUGUGGAGAAACUUGCAUUCAUGAAGAGCCCAUUAUGAACUUUUCACAGUAAAUUUGAUUUAUACCCAUCGGAAGAAAUAGUUGGGCAGGGUGAGGGCGGGGUUCUUAAUUGCUUUUUUCCUCUUUUUUUUUUCCUCUCUGACAAAAAUGUACUUGCACCAGGAAGGAUCUUCAGAUAUUCGUGCACUGAAUAAUGCUGUUAUGUUUUGUUUUUUUAAAUGCAAUUAAAACUAGAAAUAGCA